AGCGCACCCAGACGCAAGGCCAUCUUGCUUUGAUAGUGACCAGUAUAACACUCCUACAUUGAUUUUCGCGGAGCAUCCAAUAUCAGAUUCACUCCGAUUGACAGUAUCCAUUGCCAAGUAUCACAAUCAACCAAUGGGCCAAUGUAGUCGACCAGAGCAGCGGCGAUUAUUUGGAGUAUGCCAUUCUUGUCACUAGCCACAUCCCACCACAUGUAUUGCCACACUCAUAUCUGCACGCCAUGCCUCAUACAUCGCGUAGACACAGAAAACCCGCACCCAACCAUGGCAAGCGCAUCCAGAUCACCGACGACGACGGCUGGGUGCAUGUCGUGAACAGCGCGCAAACAACAACACGACCAAAGAAACAACCGUCAAGAUACAUCACGACCGACGGCUCAUCUGACGACCACACAACAUCACCAUUCUCUUCUUCGUCAAACCCUAAUGCAUCAUCCUCACAUCAAGACAAAAUUCUCCCGGCCGAAGCUCCUCCAAGGCUAACCCUCUCGGCGCUCCGCCUGAAAUUUGAUGCGGAUCUAGCAGCAUGGCAGUCAUCAGGUACCUGGCAGCUGUUGAAAGAAUCAUUAGUGCGCAUUCUAUCAACAGUCCUGAACAGCCCGAAUGGUGACAGCAGCAAGAUCACCAACGUGGUCUGCAUCGGCCUUGGAUCACCCAGCGGGCUGCGUGAUGGCUGGGUUGACCGGCGUGACGUAGCGUCGUUUCAACUAGCAGCUCUAGUCUCGCUAAUCGAGCUUCUAAACGAGCAGCAAUUCUUGAGCAGCUUAUAUCAAGAGAAAAAGGAGGAAUUGGACAUGAAGUUCGUCGCGCAAGAUCCCAUAUUCAACACCCUCGACAAACAGCUCCUUUCCUCCCUCGGCAUCAGUGUCGUCAACAGUCCUGAUGGGUUUACGGCUGUGUCGGCGAAUACAUUGCUCUUUGCGCCGGGUGCCGAAAAGCGGCAUCUGGAGAUGCUGUUACCCAUGGACCCGGUUCUUGUCUUUGGUGGGCCGUUAGAGGAACAUGCUCCUUGGUUCUAUACCAAUGAGAGCCAUGAUCAUGGAAAAGGGGAGUUGAAAAGGUUUUUGGAGGGUAGAGAGUCGGUGCAAUUGGCAGAGUUUGGGCCUAAGCCGGAGGCCUUCUGGCGGAUGAGGGUGUAUUGGAGGAAUAGGUAUGAGCUCAGGUAAGUUUGAGUAGUUAACUUCUUGCAUAGACAACUUGGUUAUACAUGUACAUUAAUAGAACUUUUUUGAAUAUAACACUGGAAAAGUUACUGUCCGAGAAAUUGGAAC